UAAAUGGGUGAUGUCGAAAAAGCCAUGGAUCCAAUGUGAAAGAAGAAACCCAUAUCACCAAGAUGUAUGUAAAAUAAAUACUGAAUCCCCCUCAUCAAUGGCGGCAGCAGCUAAAUACUCGCCAUUUCAAUCGCAUCUUCCCCGAGAAGUGUUUAACUCGAGAACAAGGAAGAGAAAUGGAUGCGUGAAAGUGAGUGUAAAGAAGGAAAAGCUGUCGGAGUCUGGUGCGAAGAGAGCUAAUCUAUCCGCCGGAAAGAAGGAGAGGAUCAAGAUACCUAAUUGCAGCGACGGCGUUAAUGGCGGAAGUGGCAGUUACAGUAUCAGUGAGUUUUUCAGCCAUCCGUCUGGAAUUGAAGCGUUGCUGAACACGAGGGCCUUGCAAAGUUGCCAAUCCCUUGAUUCCAAUUUGUACAGGUGCGUUCUGCCACAGCUUCAACUUCUUAACUUUAGGGUUGCGCCGGUGUUGGACUUACAAGUAACUCCAAGUAGUGAAGACUGUCUAGUUGAGAUGUUAUCAUGCAAGUUUGAGGGUUCUGAAGUGGUGGAGCGCCAGAACGAGCACUUUUCAGCUUCGAUGAAGAAUCAUAUAACAUGGGAGACUAUCGAUACCGAACAAUUCUUGAAUGUUGACGUGAAGUUGAAUCUCGUUCUUGAGAUUUACACACAGCCGUUUGCGUUACUGCCCGUAUUAGCAGUUGAGGGUCCAGGAAAUAUAAUGAUGCAAACCCUAGUGGACAAGCUGGUACCUUUGCUCGUACAGCAGCUUCUGCAAAAUUACGAAGAAUGGAUUCUUCAACAACAAAUUCUUAUUUCGUGAUAGCAAAAAUCUUUCUUAUUCUACUCGUCCCAUGCAAUCAUUUGCAGGUGAAAACCUUAUCGGUCAUAUGCGACAUAAUGCCGUUGAAGAGAGAGAAAAUUUGGCGCGGACACAGAUGGUCUUUUUUUUCCGAUUUUUUUUUUCGAAGAAGGAAACAGAUAAUCUCAUGAUGUAUAUAUAGUUUUCGAAACCAACAUAUUGUACAUUCAUUUAUACUACAUAAGUUUAUAUAAAAGUAAUUCAUAUUAA